AUUUGUGCUUCUCCGGAAAUGGUGAUUUGGGCUUUCUCUUUGCCAGGAAUGGUGCUUGGACUUUCUCUCCUAUCUUGUGUUCGUUCUUCGCCAGGUUUGGUGCUUCAAACUUUCUUGUGUUUAUUCUUUGCCGGGUUUGGUGCUUUGGACUUUCUUGUGUUUGCUCUUUGCCAGGUUUUUUGCCGGGUUUGGUCUUGUGUUUGUUCUUUGCCAGGUUUGGUGUUUUGGUCUUUCUUGUAUUUAUUCUUUGCUAGGUUUGGUGUUUUGAACUUUCUUAUAUUCUUUGCUAGGUUUGGUGAUUUGGACUUUCUUGUAUUCAUUCUUCACUGGGUUUGGUGUUUUGGACUUUCUUGUGUUUAUUUUUCACUGAGAAGGGUUCUUUGCCGGUUUGGUGUUUUGGACUUUCUUGUAUUUGUUCUUUGCCAGGAAUCAUGCUUUGGACUUGACUGUUCUUCACUGGGUUUGGUGAUUUGGACUUUCUUACUUUUUUGUGUUUGUUCUUCACCAGGUUUGGUACUUUGGACUUUCUUGUGUUUGUUCUUUGCCAGAAAUGGUGCUUUGGACUUGACUGUAGUGAUAAGUUUGGUGUUUUUGUCUUUUUUGUAUUUAUUCUUUGCUGGGUUUGGUGCUUUGAACUUUCUUGUGUUUGUUCUUCGCUGGGAAUGGUGCUUUGGAUUUAACUAUAGUGAUAAAUUCUUUGCCAGGUUUGGUGAUUUGAACUUUCUUUCCUUUCUUUCUUCUCCAGAUGAAAUUUGUGAAAUUGUACCUUCUCAAAAAGGAAUAGAUAAAAUAAAUAUUCGUGGUUAUUUGAUGGUAAAAGACAAGUAUCCCCAUAAUCACUUUCCACAAGCGAGUAGUGCCGAAGUAGCUAAAAGUAUUGCUAAUAUAAAAGAACAAGCUAAAGAAACAAAUGACCAACCAGCUCAAUAA